GAAGAGAAUCGAUUUUCUUUGUGCCACGCAGUUUGUGAGAAAGCCUGGGCCAGAACAAGGGCGUGUCCGGGAACUGCAAAUGCUUUCCCCCGCGUGCUCUUGGCAGACACUGUUGGUCCAUCCUGCUCUUCUUCCACCUCAAGCCUACUCUCGCUCUGCUCCAUCGUAGCAUGAUGCACUGGGAAGUCACUGCCAGCUGGUCGGAAAUGGCGUGUCAGAUGAAGUUCUGUUGCCUUUCCCACGGAACCAGUGCUAGAUCCAGUCCUGCACAAGGAAUGGCCUGAGCGUGGGUCACUCGUAGGUUCCAGAAGCCAGGAGAUCCAAGAACUAGGAAGACCAAGCAGGAGGAAGGCGACUCAGUGAGCAUCGUCUGCCUGCCAGACACGACGGAGGUCUACAUUCCUGGGAAGGCUCCAGCUCUGGACUUCUGAAUCAGCAGCAGAGAGCAAAUCUUGCCAUCCAGGGAACUGACGAGUUCUCCUGGGCAAGAGAGAAAAAAGUGAGGAAGACAAGCCCAGGACAGAAGCCCAGAGGGCUGAGGGAAGAGCCAGUAAGAGAAGGAAGAGAAAACCCAGAAGCACACACCGUCCAGAAAGUUAUGGAUGUGACUAUCAAUAGAAAGGUUCCUUGGCUGGAGUUCUAUAAAUUACAUCAACGAAAGACAAAUUAACAAGAGGAAGACAAGCAGAAGUUUAUGAACACAUGCGUCACUGAGCCUUCCUAUCAAAACAGCCACAACCAUUUGACAUUAUGAAGAGUCUCCCAGCUACGUCCCAUCAGAGGAAAGCAGCGUCACAGAGGGGAUACUCUGAAUCUGGUGGCAUUGAAGGCAGACCAAGGGCCUGAGAUAAACCCAGACAUGUAUUUUCCAUUCGUUCCCUGGCCCUGUUGACUUAGAAAAUGCUCCUGAAUGCUUUGAAUCUGAAAGGUACCUCUUACUUGUGUGCUACUACACUAGACUAACACACACACAGUUAUCUCUCUGCUUAGACCAAGAUGAAUCAUGCCGAUGGUGACCAGCUCGAGGCACCGAGGGCAUAAAACAGCUUCUGCUAACAAACAUGUUCUACCAGACACAUGGAGAAGUAGAAAGCUGAUGGCACCCGUGAAUGGGACUCAGACAGCAAAGAAUUGCACAGAUCCUGCGAUUCAUGAGUUCCCUACAGACCUGUUCUCCAACAAGGAGCGACAACACGGAGCUGUCCUGCUGCAUAUCCUCGGUGCUCUGUACAUGUUCUAUGCCUUGGCCAUAGUCUGUGAUGACUUUUUUGUUCCGUCUCUGGAGAAGAUCUGCGAAAAGCUCCAUCUGAGUGAAGAUGUGGCGGGAGCCACUUUCAUGGCCGCAGGAAGCUCCACGCCCGAGCUGUUUGCCUCUGUUAUUGGCGUGUUCAUCACCCAUGGAGACGUUGGCGUUGGGACCAUUGUGGGAUCUGCGGUGUUCAACAUCCUGUGUAUAAUCGGUGUUUGUGGAUUAUUCGCGGGGCAGGUGGUCCGUCUGACGUGGUGGGCUGUGUGCCGAGACUCCGUGUACUAUACCCUCUCUGUCAUCGUGCUCAUUGCUUUCAUAUAUGACGAAGAAAUUGUGUGGUGGGAAGGACUGGUUCUCAUCAUCUUGUACGCGUUUUACAUUCUGAUCAUGAAGUACAAUGUGAAGAUGCAGGCCUUUUUCACCAUCAAACAAAAGACCAUUGCCAAUGGCAAUACCGUCAACAGCGAGCUGGAGGAUGGUAAUGAUUACUGUGAUAGUAGCUCUGACGAUCCCUCCAUGCCGUUGCUGAGGCGAGUGAAGGAGGAGCCUCAGUACAGCAAAAACCCAGUGGUGAUGGUGGACGAGGUCAUGAGCUCCAGUCCUCCCAAGUUCAGCUUCCCGGAGGCAGGCUUACGCAUCAUGAUCACCAACAAGUUUGGGCCCAGGACCCGACUGCGGAUGGCCAGCAGGAUCAUAAUUAAUGAGCGGCAGAGACUGAUCAACUCAGCGAACGGUGCCAACAGCAAGCCACUUCAGAACGGGAGACAUGAAAACAUUGAGAAUGGGAAUGUUCCUGUGGAAAACCCCAGCGACCCGCAGCAGGAGCAGGAGCCACAGCCCCCACCGCCGCCGCCUCCCCCAGAACCAGAGCCAGUUGAGUCUGCCUUCCUGUCCCCCUUCUCCAUGCCUGAGGCAAGAGGGGACAAGGCCAAGUGGGUAUUUACCUGGCCACUCAUCUUCCUCCUGUGCAUCACCAUCCCCAACUGCAGCAAGCCCCGCUGGGAGAAGUACUUCAUGGUCACCUUCAUCACCGCCACGUUGUGGAUCGCUGUCUUCUCCUAUCUGAUGGUGUGGCUGGUGACUAUUAUUGGGUACACGUUUGGGAUCCCGGAUGUCAUCAUGGGCAUUACUUUCCUGGCAGCAGGCACGAGUGUUCCAGACUGCAUGGCCAGCUUAAUUGUGGCAAGACAAGGCCUUGGUGACAUGGCAGUCUCAAACACCAUAGGAAGCAACGUGUUUGACAUCCUAGUGGGACUUGGCAUACCGUGGGGCCUGCAGACCAUGGUCAUUAACUAUGGGUCCACGGUGAAGAUCAACAGCCGGGGUCUGGUCUAUUCCGUGGUGCUGUUGCUGGGCUCUGUCGCUCUCACAGUCCUCGGCAUCCACCUCAACAAGUGGAGACUGGACCGGAAGCUGGGUGUCUGCGUGCUGGCCCUCUAUGCCGUCUUCUUAUGCUUCUCCAUAAUGAUAGAGUUCAAUGUCUUCACCUUCGUCAACUUGCCCAUGUGCCGAGAAGACGAUUAAAGGCACUGCCUCCCCAUCCCCUGCCCCGGGAGCUGUUCUGGACUCUGGCACCGGUGUCCCUUGCUCUCUCCCUGUCCCCCACCACGAGCCUCUCCUGCCUCGGUGGUCGCUGUCUGUUCUGCCACGUGCUGGAAGGAAGAGCCGUCGUGGUCUUUGUCCGGGCGCGAGCAAGGCCACUGGGUGUCCUUCUCCUCCUCCUUGGAUUUCUGCCCUCCACACACGAGGCAAGAUCCAGGGGCCACCGUCCGGGCCACCUGGCAGACCCUGAGCAGGCAGCCACAGGGAUGUGGCGUGUGCCUUGCCUCUCUCAGACACUUCAGUGAGGACUUCUGUGUGCAAUGUGUCUUCCUGUCGCCAGGUAGCCUUGGAAGUGAGGCGGCUGGGAGAACACGAGGUCCCUGGGGGCCAGUGCAAAACAGGAAUGUCACUCUCCAGUGUCACCUCUGGGCCAGAGGGAGUGAGUCCCUCCGGCCUCAUACGCUCCUCAGGCCCUCUGACCUCGGCUGGAAACACUCACAGUUUGGAGCGGGCAGGGCCUUACCCUGCUGAGGGUUUUGGGGGGCCCCCAAGGACAAACAUUCUGCCCCUUUCUCUGGAAAAAUCGGAAGCAUGGAAAGAGCGUCUCGCAGCCAGAAGGAGGAAACCCGCGUGAAUUUUUAUCACUUGCACUGAGGGGUUCAGAGAAUGAGCAACGAAAUAUUAAAAAUAAAAUUUCCUAUAGAUCAUCAUACUUGAAAAAAAUCGCAUUCCAUACAAAAAGGUCAUGCUGGGGACCAAAAAGGUAACCGUUCAUGGAAAACGAGCCCUAUGUGUAUCGUGUUGCACUGACACUGAGACGUUUGGUUUGGAAUAUAGAAAAUCGUGAAAGAUUAACAUUGAUCUGGGUGCUAAUUCAGAGACACAGCAGAGAUGCUUGCCUGGACCCAUACAUUCCAGACCUUCCGUGUGAUGCGGCGCGACGUCCAUGUGGGGUUGUCGUUCCUUUGUUAAAUACUCUCCUCUCAUAAGCUACCCUGUUGCAAGACUCGAUUGUCUCUGUGCCCAGCAAAUUUCAUAGCCUGCUGAACUGGAACGAGCGUGCCACACGUAAUAGGUGAGAGCAAGGAGAGAGAUUGCCUAAAAAACAAAGAAUCGCUCUCAGUUCCCGGAGGCAAGUAUGAAAACCAUAACUUGGCAUUUUUUAGGGCUAGGUUUCUUGAGCCUUAGAGUUGGCUGCCUGUGAAGGGCCAAGGAUGGGAGGCGGAGUCACGAAGAGAUAGAAAAAAUAUUAAACAGUUUUCACCUGCUUCGUAGCUCUCAGAUCUAUAUUAAAAAGAUUUAUGAACACAAACCAUUCGUGGUUUCUGAAAAGAAAGCACAAUUCAUUUUAUAUAGAGGGUUUUUUUUUAUUUUUUAAAUAUUUCUAUUGCAAAAGUCUAUCGGAGUUGAUGCACUUUUAAUAACUGGGGUAUUUCGCACAGAAGAAUGUUUGGGAACUGCCCCGGACAGGGUGAGGAAAGAAGGUUUUUAGCGAUUCACCACGGAUCAGUCAUAGGUGAGGAGCUGAAAAUGCAAUAGCUAAUUCCUUCCUGAAACCCAAAGGUUGUGACCUGAGGUGGAAUUUGUUGCUGUGCCUGCUCAGGCCUCCUGAAUUUCAGAAGGAGGAAGUGCUCACGUCUGUGUCCUUUCAGUGAGCACGAGCCUAAGACGGGAGGGAACUCGGUCACCAGGCUUCUGUUCUGGAUCUUAUCAGUGUUAGUAGCUACACCAUACUAGAGCUUCUCUAUUGUUUCUCUACCUAGAUCGGGCUCAGUGGUCUUCAAGUUGAGGCUGAAGGUGAUUUUCCUAAGAAAUUAGCUCAGUGGGCCAGGGAAUCAGUGGGAUCAUUGGUAUAAACUUGACAUGCCCAGGACUGCCCUUUGAUGUAAGGAGGGAUGAUUCUCCCCGCUUCACAGAGAAUGUAGACUUGGGAGAGGUCACAUGACUCUAGGUCAAUUCUCAGUAAGUAACAGACCAGGAGCCAAGCUCCCAGGUAUCACCCCUCCCAGAGCAGCCAGUGGGUUGGCCAUCCUUGGUGGGGGGCAGGUAGAGACAUAGCCUUGCCCUUGUGCUCAGUUCUCAUUGUUUAAGUUAAAACUUCAGCAAAUAUUUAAUUGACUCCUGGUGGCCCAGCAUAGAUCCUAAUAGCUGUCCUUCUCCAGUGCCCCUGUUUUUUUCCUGGUAAGGAUGAAAAGAUAUUUUUAACUACAAGGCACAGGCAACAUGGACCCUGAUGAUGUCCGUGCUGGUGUUCACGUCUCUGAAUCCUUGUGUGGCUUUCAGAAAAGCAUCCUAAUUACCUGCCUCUUCCUUCAGUAGGGUCCCUUUGAGAUGACACAGUAGCCUACAGUUGCAGUUUGAGAGUUAAAAAAAAAAAAUGUUUCUAGGACCUAGAGCAGCCCUGCUGGCGAAAUUCUCUUUUGACUCUAAUGUGCCAAUGUAACUUCCUUAAAGGAUCUAUGUAUUUAUUGUAUCUAGGAAACUAUAUAUACACUGUAGGUGAAUAAUUCUCUUUUUUAACUAAAUAUUUUUCCAACACAAGUUUAAAGAAUUGCUUAAUUAAUUAGGCCUUCAUUUUCAAAUAAUACUUUUAUCACUACACAGGAUUACAUCCUUUAGUUUAUUCCCAAAGCUAAUUAGCAUGAGGUAAUGACUCUACUUCAAAAAAAAAAAAAAAGGCAAUAAAAAGAAAUAAAUUUAGCUCUUCUCCUUGGGAGCAGAAAAGAAAAAAUGAACCAUGGUACUGAGAUGGAAAAUGCGUGUAGAAUCAGUAGCAGGGGGUUCCUGCCCUUUUCUAGUCUGGAAUUUGCCCUUACCAGCUCCAGCAGGGACAGGGUUGUUAGGUGUGCAGUGUCUAAAAGCCUGGCCCUGGAGGAAGGUUCUGGGUCAGCUGGUGGGAAGACUCAUGGUGAAGGGCACGGCGAGCAGGGCAGAGCAGAGCAGAGUCAUUAUCCUUCCCAGAACCUGCAGUCUGCUAGUCUCUGAAUCUCACCCAUGUGCAGAGACCUCGCGGCUCAUUGCCCCACGCCCCACACACACCUGUUAGGGCUGCGUCUUUCUUCUUCCUGUCAAUCCCCUGCUUUUAUAGACCCAAGCAGUUGAGAAGGCAGCACCCCCCCCCCCCAGAGCCAGGUUAAACCAGGUGGCCGGCAUGCACGUCACUCUAGGGCAGUCCUGCGGACCCCAACCAAAGACCCCCUCCUAGGCUGCCCAGCAGUCUAGGUCCCCAAGAAAGAAACUGACCCUCCUCUUCCCUUUUGAUGAGGAUCGAAAGCCUGACCACAUCAGCUGGAGCCCAGCCCUCAGGGAAUGCCGGACUCCAUACACGGGCUGGGAAUCUGGGAAGAGUGAGGAUGGCUGCUUGCUGGCCGCCUUUCCGUCCUCCUAGCAUUUCUCCUGCCGGAGUCCUAGGGCCCCACCCUCUCCUUAAGGUGGGGGUGGACAGAGGUGAGAUGGGUGAGAUGGCCUGGGGGAGGGUCAGUUCUGUACAGAGGUGACCCCCUACAGAGGUGGGGAGUGGAGGAGAGCCCCAGCCCCAGCAGCUGAAGCUGCUUCCAUGCCUUGCCCUCCUUCCCCGGCAUGAGAUGGGGGCCAGUGGGGUUCAGGCACAGGAACGGUGCAGGUGCUACCUGCCAUGCGUGGGGACUUUCUCCUGUGGGUCAGCAGGACGGAAGCGGAGACCCCGCAGCUGGGGCUGGUGCUCCUCAGUGGGUGUGGCGUUCUGAUGGGUCCAUGGCCCUGACCCUGAGUGGACAUUGAGGGUGGGGGUGGCCCCUUCUCUUCCCCACCCCACCCUUUCCUUCCCUCACAGGCCAUGUUCCUCCUUGACUGGAAGAGAUGGCUGGGCUGCGUAUGUGACGGGCUUUCAGCAAGCGCUUGUUGCUGGAAUAAACCAGGAACUUGCCGUUCGGGUGAAAAUCGUUAGGAGAUUGUUCCCACGUGCCGUGACUUAAAUAUUCCCAGGUCUAAUGCCCUCAGGGCAUGAUCUCUGGGUGUCUUUCUCCCCUUGGGGCAGUUAGCAGAUGUGUCCAGGACACCUGAGAUGGAUCACGUCUUGGCAGCUUUGUUGCCACAUUGUGCUCAUAGAAACUUCCAGAAAUUUCUAAAAAUGCUCUCUGGGCAGCUCUUGGGUGGCAGAAAAUCCAUCAUUCCCCCCACACUCUCCCCCACAUGCACCCAAAGUGCUGCCUCCCUGACCCCUGCCCUCUCUAUGUGGGUUCAUCCAGAGUGUCUGGACCCUCACCCCCACCAGGUGUGGACAAGGGCUGCCCGUCUCUUCUGGUGGCUGCCGCUGAUCACCUGACAAGGCUCCCUCCAGACCUUCUCAAAACACAGAGAAGGGGCCCCUCCAGCACUGGCGAGCCUUUCCCACUGCACCAGUCAUGUGGGCAGUAGAACAAGGCGGUCUUUCCGUGGAUCCAUCCCUACAAGGCAGAGAGCGCUAGAAAACGUUCCCCAAAGGGCAUAGAUCACAGGGGCACGGAGUUUUCAAAGACAUUUAGGUUGCUGUAUUUGCUUCUUAAUGAGGACUCUCAGGCUGGGAGACUAGCUUUGUGUCAGGCCAUCCCUCAAGCCUGGGAGCUAGCAGG